AUGAUUGACUUGGGCCUCUCUCGAAUCUCGCGGUUGCUCAAACUGCUUGGAAACCCUCAAAACAGAUUUAAGGCAGUUCAUGUUGCCGGUACCAACGGAAAGGGCUCGAUUUGUGCUUAUAUUUCGUCGGUUCUGACUGUUUCACAUAUCAAGACGGGUCGUUUUACAUCUCCUCACCUCGCUUAUGUGUGGGACUGCAUCACAAUAGACGGCAAGGCAGUUGAAAAAAGCGACUUCUUGUCGGCAAAGGCCAAGAUCUGUGAGGUGGCUAAAAACGGAAAACUGGAGCCAACAGAAUUCGAAAUGCUUACUGCAACGGCAUUUGAACUUUUCAUGGAGCACAGUGUGGAAAUCGCCGUGGUGGAGGUUGGCCUGGGAGGUAGGCUGGAUGCCACCAAUGUCCUCUGUCCUGAAAAUGUUCUGGUGUCGGUGAUUUCUCGUGUAGGUAUGGACCAUGAGGGCUUUCUGGGAGACAAUCUCAGGGCAAUCGCCAAGGAAAAGGCGGGCAUCGCAAAAAUUGGAGUUCCUCUGAUUCUCGACGGAUACAACGACCCUGACGCUAAAAUGGGAGUCAGAGAUGUAGCCGAGUAUGUGACUGAGGUAACUGAAAGUGGGACGGACUCAUACAGGUCUGAUUUUGGACCUCUUGAGCCCUCCCUAAGUCCUUUAAAGGGCACGUAUCAGGCUGAGAAUCUUGCAGCGGCUGUCGAUGCACUUGAGAUUGUGGCACAGUCCUACCCACAGGUUCAGCGCGAUUCUGUUGUUGCUGGUAUUAGUGCAACAGAAUGGCCCGGCAGACUACAAAUGUGUCACUACAAAAGCAGGGAGGUGUUGUUGGACGGUGCCCACAACCCCCAGGCAGCUAGGUUGCUAGGGGAGUACAUCGAUGUUAGCAUGCGCAAUGAGCCAUCGAAUAACCACAUUACUUUCAUCUUGGGCUUCUCAGAAGGCAAGAAUGUAAGUGAGAUCGUACAGGAAUUUGUUAGAUCAGGCGACACAGUUAUCACCACGGGGUUUUCUGCGGUGGAAGGUAUGCCAUGGGUCAAGUCCGAGACCCAUGAAAACAUUCUGAAAGGUUUGCAAGGACUUGAAAAUGUGGAUAUUCUCGAUGCCGGGGGGAUUCAAGUUGCGUUGGAAAAGGCUGCUGGGCGAGACACUCCUAUUGUUGUGUGCGGCAGUUUGUACUUGGUCGCUGACUACGUACGACUAGAAGGAAGGUAA